UGGGUAAACAGUAAAGAUGGCGACGUCUGCAGUCGCAGAGGGACAACAAAGUCUAAAUGGGAUUAUAUCCGACCCUCAAUCAAAACAUUUGACCGACCUGCCGACCGAGUUGCUAGAACACAUCCUGUGCUUUCCAGUCCUCAAAAAUGUCGACAUUUGUAAUGUCUCCUGCUGCUGCAAGCGGCUACACGACGUUUGCCAUGAAAGGGGGAAGGUCUGGGGACACCAGUACAAACUCAGAUGGCCACGAUUGCAGAGGUUUUAUCGUCAAAAUGAGUGCUGUGACUGGCUCAGAGAAUACAAAACACGCCAUAGAGUUGGCAUACAAAUACGAAGGACGGUGGAAUCGAUCUCUAAGAGAUUCUUCACAGAAGUCCCUUGCGUUGGCCAGGUGCUCGGAGACAGCUUUGCAGAGAUCGAGUCCCUUGGGAUGCCAGAGCACUUUUGUGAAGACGAGCUCCUCUUCCUACUCAACUCAGACAAGAGUAAAAGCUUGACUCUGAAGUACUAUGCAAAGAAAAUCCUUUACUUCCUGAGACAGCAGAACAUCCUGAGGAGUUUGAAGACUUUCCUGGAGCAGCCUGCAGAGCAGCAGUCAGCUUUAGAGGGUGCCAUACUGGUGGAUCAGUAUUGUAACCCUCUGGCUGAGGUCACACUGAACAGCGUAUCAGCGCAACUGGAUGAGAUUGCAGAAAAAGUGAAGAAGAUGCUGAAAAUCAAGAACUCCUCUCACCCCAGCCUGCGCAUCGCUCAAGGAGACUGUUUUGUCGUGGAGGACUUUGAGCUCCAGAGGCAGGUGGUGUGUGCUCUAAACUCUGUCCUGUACGAGCAGCUUCAAUACAAAGGCAACGAGUCUGACUACUACAACCCUCUCAACUCUUACAUCCACCAGGUGCUACUACGCCGUACAGGUAUUCCCAUAAGCCUCUCGGUCCUCUACAUGACGUUAGCCCAUAAACUGGGGGUUCAGGUGGAACCUGUCAACUUCCCCAAUCAUUUUCUGCUGCGCUGGUGCCAAAAACAAAGAGGGAGCGAGGACAUCUACGACUAUGUCUACAUCGAUGCCUUUGGUAAAGGCAAACAGCUGACAGCCAAGGAGUGUGAGUACUUGAUUGGCCACCAGGUGACGGCAGAUUACUACAGUGCCAUCAGCACCACGGAGGUUCUGCUGAGGAUGGUGGGGAACCUGCUCAACAUCGGCAAGAGAGGGGAGGGCAAUGAGAAAUCCUACCAGCUGUUGAGAGACUCUCUUGACCUUUACCUCACUAUCAACCCAGACAAUGUGCAGUACCUGCUGCUGCAGGCACGCCUCUACUUCCACCUGGGCAUCUGGCCAGAAAAGGUGCUCGACAUCCUGCAGCACAUCCAGGCGUUGGACCCCUCCCAGCACGGGGCAGUGGGCUACCUGGUGCAGCACACGCUGGAGCACAUCCAGCACAAGAAACAUCCUGCUACACCCGAGGUGAAGAAGCGCAGCGCUGCAGAACACGUGGAGGUCCAGUAUUCAGUCGGCCUCAUCAUGAAACACAAGAGGUCGGGAUAUAACUGUGUGAUCUACGGCUGGGACCCAAAGUGCACCAUGAGUCAGGAGUGGAUCACCACCAUGAGGGUCCACCAGCUGUCCAGCGGGGCCAACCAGCCCUUCUACAACGUCCUCGUACAGGACGGGACUUGUCGCUACGCAGCGCAGGAGAACCUGGAGCCUCACUCGGCCCCCCUCGAGAUCGGACACCCAGAGGUGGGACGAUACUUCUCCGAGUUCGCCAACGACCACUACUUUGCCAACGAAGAACUGCAGACACGAUACCCAGAGGACAUGGUGGAAACUUUGGCCACAGUGCAGGAUCUUUACCACAGACUGACGCCCGGCUCUGGGACCCAGGACCAGGCUCCUGCCACAGACCAAAACAACCAACAAGCCAUGGCCAUGUAGCAAUGUAGCUGUGCCCUACACCCUGCUAAACAAACACUGGUCACCCAUUCUCAACUCACAAUCCACUUCGCUGCUCUUUUUUGCACAUGUAAGAGACCAGGACGCGUGUAAUGAUGAGGUUUUUGUAAAAACCAGCCAGUAUACAGUACAGUAUUUUCAGAAACUGAUUCGGUGCAACAAGAAAUUAUUUACAAAUGUGUUUUUCAACCACAGGUCUGAAAUUAUUUAUUUUAACUUUUUCAUUUUUGGAAAAGUGUUGAAAAAGACCAAAAAGUAUGGAAACAAGUAGCAAAAGUUGAACACUGUAAUAUUUGUUGUGAAAACAAAGAUCAAGCUUUGAAGUGUGAUGGCCUAUUCAAUGUUAAUUUUCCAGGAUGCAGGAUACUGAAAUCCAGUCGUCAUGGGUUUGGAAGAAAACCAUGGAAAAAAGUAACGCCUUUAAAAAAAAAAAUUUAAAAAAAAGACUUGAAGUGCACAACUGGACGAGUGAGUUCAGGAUGGGUUUCCAGGUACUGUAAAUCUUUACCUUUAACCAAGGAAUGCCCCCUAAACCACAGAUCGCCAAACCCAGACCCCUUCCUGCAUACAGCACCAGUCAAAUAAGCCCCCAGCAUCUAUUCCAAACCCCCAGUUACAGUGCCACUCAAAAGACUAUGAAGACAAAACCUUUGUAAAUGAACUUCUACUCUUGAUUCCCCAUCCAGUUUCAUGCACUUAUGGAAGUUCCCUUUCACAUUUUUUAAUUAUCUUGUUUUUGUUCCUGUAUAUUUACAAGUGAAACAUGUAGGGUGUCUUGACUCAUCACUGCUGUCAAUCUGUUGAUGGAAAAAGAAGGACACCACUGACUUGAAAUACAAGUGACUGUGCUUUCAGGAAAUUCCAAAUCAAUAAAGCAUUUCAAGUUUUU